AUGCACUACCUCCAUCCACGCUCUCGUACCACCGGCACGCUAUUUACCACCACUUUGGCCGUCUCCUUCCUCGUCGUCGCCCUGCCUCAUCUGCUGCCAUGUCCCGUUGAUCGCCGCCAGUUUGCCGACAGUUACGAGACUCCCGAUGGCCGCAUCAUGCGGCGACGAAGGAAACGCACUGGCGAUGCUGAUGCCGAUGAAGUCGUCCGCGACGGCGAAGACACCACCAUCGUGACAGCUGCCACCGACGGCAAUGGCGGGCGACCGAAGCGGGAAUGUCCCAUGCCCAAGCCCAGCGGAUUAAUGGGCCAGAUGAUGGGCUUCAAGGAGGCAACGCCACCACCACCAGUGGCCCAAGUCGUUGUGCAAAGUCUGGACAAGAGGGACCUACGACAGACCCGUAACGACACCUGAAGCACACGCCCGAAUCUACCAACUCAUUGCUCCCCUGGGAGCAGCAGCCCAGCGUUCAUUUACGCGUCCGAAAAGCUGUGCCUGAAUGUCAACAUGAACCAGUGUCUCAGCGAUCAUACCUCAUCUGUGCUCCGCCCUAUCAGUGCCACACCAUGGUGUACCGCCGAGGAGAACCAACCCAGACAUGGGACAGACACAAGCAGUCGUUUGGGAGCAUUGCAUGUCUGUGUUCAAGCUCCGCAACGGCCAUCCUAUCUUGUAGAAGCCCAUCACAAGCUUUAAGAUUGGGAAGCGGACACAAAGACAGACAGAGGGCUAGCUAGGGCCGUAAACAGAGUCAGAGACAGACGGAGAAACAGAAAUAUACAGACAGGGACAGGUCCGAGAGAGACAUAGAAACAUAGAGACUCAGAGAGAGAGAGACAGAGGGGAAGAGGGGAAAGAAGAGAAGAGACCGAGCACAGAGGAAGAAAGGGGGAGAGGGAGAGAGGCUGGAAGAGGUCGCGACAAUACCGACCAUCACU